AAUUCAGCGACGCCUCCAUAGAAAAGCUUGUUGAAGGUAAUUCGCGAUCACCGAACCAAACCAGCAAAACCCCCAAAACCAAACCCUCCUCUCUAAGCCUCACUACCUCGACUGCACCCAUCACCGCCGAGAAUUUUCCCAUUUUGGGGACAAUUUUGGAGAGAGAGUACACCGAGAUUGCGCUGGCAAAGCAGCCCUUGAGGAUUGGUUGCCCAUUCGGAUUGAAUAAAGGGUCUAAUCGAAUCGAGAGAAUUUUUUGGUUGAGAAAGCCGGUUGGAGAAAGCUUUGGAGGUGGUGGGUGUGGAGGAGUGGAGGGAUUGGAGGGUGGUUUUGGUUUUAGAGUGAGAAUUGGAGGGUUGGAAGAAGCUGAAGCUGAAGCUGAAGAUAUUUAUACCUUUGCAGAGUUAGAAUGA